AGUCCCUCAGGCAUCUUUACGCUUCGCUUCUCAGUCUCGUCUCUUUCUUUUGUGAUGAGCUUGACCGGCUUGCUGGCAAGACCGAUUUUGUUUAAGUAUUUGCAUUCAUUCUGCCCUCUAGUUUUUGGCUAUUGCUGAAGAGCUGCAACCUCUCGCUUUCUUCCCCAUUUCUCAUCACUCUUCCGCACCCAUGGACUCUGCAUCGUCCACCGUGGCAGCGUCCCUCACAUCGACGUCUCAUGCCUCACUUGAAGCCGAGUCCAAAUUUCUGACCCGCACUCGCUUCCUCCGUUACAUUCGACUUGGGCUGGCACUUCUCAUCUUCUUCGUUGCGAUUCCCAUUAUCGCCUGCGAGGCCGUUGCCCUAGAGCACUACCGAAAGACCUCAACCUACAGCAAAGUGUGGCUCUACCUCUGGCCACUCAAUCUCGACCUUCAUCCAGCCAAAGCCCUAAUAGCCUGUGGCAGUGUCAUCGCGUUUCAGAACUUGGUCUACAUUAUCACUGCCCUCCUUCCAUCUCCCCACUCCCACAUCCGCCGCCUGAACCUCCUCGCCGGAGUCACAGCAGUCGCAGGCUUUAUCACUGCACUAGUGGGCUUUGUGUUCGUGAUCUACCGACCAGGCGCGAACGCUCGCGGCGGGUUCAACCACACGGAGACCAUCCAUUCUUGGGCCUGCAAGUGGAAGUCGUCGAGCGAUGCAGAUAUCAGUCCCCCUGCGCAUUUCGCGCGGGACUGUACUGUGACUCACGUGUCGUUCGUGUUGCUGGGGGUGUCGAUUGGACUCGAGAUCGUGAUGGGCAUCGUCGCGACAGCAGGCUUCUGGCUUGAGCGGACAGUGUCACGGCAGCGGCUGACUGAGAAGCCUUCGUUGGAGAUGGUGGGGAUGGUGGAUACUAAAGUCGAUCAGUAUCCGGGGACCUGAGAGUGAUGGCUGAUAAUGGCUGAUGAUGAAACUGAAUGAUUGGUAUGCUAAAGACUGGCCCAGGGGGUAUCAUGUAUGUAGUGAGAGGGAUAAGAUAUAGUACCUUGCGGGAAUAUAGGUGCAGUACUGUUGAUUAUUUGGCGUUCAUAUCCAAGCCCAAGCGGAGAAGUGAUAAUCUGAAAUAAUUUGCCGG